AGUUUGAUGACUCGAUAAUGAUAUUCGUUUAUGAUUAUUUCGAUAAAAAAAUAGAACAAAAAGAUAAUGAUGAAAAAAAUAUGGAAUGCAUGUAUCUGGAAUUAUUUCGAUUAAAUUUAAUUUUAUUACAGAGAAACUAUUACUCAGAACCAGAGAAAUGUUCAUUUAUAGGCCUUGUUGCUCAAUCUUUCGUACCUACUUUCUCAAA